CUCUCAGCUUCUCCUUCGCUCUAGUGCAGUACGACUUAUGCACUUCCAGACCUCACUCCACCUCAUAACUAAAACCAAAAUGUCCUCAUCUGGCACACAGUCGGCAACCUCGAGCUCCUCAGAGCUCUCCCUCCACCGCUGCCACUCUAGCUCGUCUUCCCACUCUUCUUACUCAUCUAAUCGCUCUCAGACAUCGACGUCGUCUUCUGCCUCUGGACACCACAUCAACCUCAACCUCAAACAAAAAUUACACUCUUGGUUCCGGUCCACUCCUCGAACCAAAGUGCCCAAGAUCGUCAUUCACCCACCGGACGAACACGACGUAUUCGUCAAGCCUUCGAUACCGAGGCAGGAUUGGCGACCUUCUGAUGAUGAACAGACAUUGAGCUUUGGUGUUCCGGAGCGGGACGGGAGGGGUAGAUUGUUUGGGUCUGAUGAGGGGGUUUGGUUUCCGAAUGGGCUAUGAAGCUGUGCGGAGUCUCUGCCCGUGGAAGUGGGAGGGUAGGAAUCGCUGGGGGAGCGAUAGAAGUUGAUGUGAUCGCUAAUUUAUUCCCUCCAACGUCUAGAACACGACCGCACCUUGCGUCAUCAAAAUGCACUCGCUCUUCAACACAAUCAUACCCGCCCAUCGCGUCACCGCCGCAUGCCUCUAUAAACAUCUAGACAUAGACACGGGCAUCGGCCGCUCUCGCGUUCGCAUCUUACAUAUAAACUCAAAGCUCGACAAAUCAUCCGCCUCUCCAUCUCUUUGACACUUAUCACAAGCAUGAAUACAAAACGACGACAGUAACACCAAAUACCCACGACUUCAUGACCACCAGGGUUACUCCACCCGGGUAUCUUAAUUCGGCUGUCAUUUACGCAUAUCUAUCUAUCUGGAAGGAGAGGGAUUUGGUUACUAGAGUCGAGUUGCGUGGGACGGAAAUGAUGCUGUACACCGUCUGCAUAGGUUUCUCUUUACUAGAAUUUUUAAUUAGAUUAGCUUGUAUAAAAAUACAUUGUACUUCUAUCUCC